CGCCUGGCUGGCUGGCUAGGUGGCUGGUUGGACUACACUAUGUAAAGGUGGGCCGCAAUGUCUUCCAUAGUGGUAAAUUCUUGGUCAUUGGGAGUUUUCAGGUGUCCAUGUGGAGAAUCAGAUAGGUUUCUUGGCCUAGAUUCUCUGAGGCACCUUUAUAUUAUUGAGAUUUAUAGUCCCUUGUAUUUGGUCAGAAAUGUCACUACAAGCAAUAUCAACAGUUGCCAUUAUCUAUAUGUGUAGCCUGGUACUUUUACAGAAAUUAUCAAAUUUUCAUCAUAGCUCUACAAAGUAAGAAUAAGUCCCACCUUACAAAUGAAGAAUUGAGCCGCAGGUUAAGUCACUUGCCCAAGGGAACAAGGGUAGUGAAUAGCAGAGUCAAAAUCUGAACCCAGACCUACUGUGCUGUCAAAGGUUCAUCCUCGUCACUGCCACUGUAUAGAGUCUCUACACGAACUAGUACACAAAUACAGGGACAGGUGCUUGAUGAAUGAACAAAUUAGGCUCAAAUUUUCCUAAAGGACGUCACAUUUACUUUAAAAUUGUUUCAUGUGUGCUAUGCACCAAGCACUAGAGAUACGGUAGUCAAUCAAGUGGAUAUGGUCCCUGUCUGCGUACAACAGACAAGGAAGACCUAUGUUAAUCCAAAAACCGCACAAAUCACUAUAGUUGCAUUAAGGGCUUUGAAAGUAAAGUAUAAAGUGCUCUGUACAGGGAUCCGAACGAGUGUGGGGAGUGUUAGGUCAUGAUUCAGCAGUCACAACCCCGCUUUCUCCAAAACUUUUCUGGUUACCAUUCUUGAAUGGUUUCUGACCCCUAUUAUAGUCAGACCCCAACCCUUACCUGAGUAACUUAGUCCUUACUAAAAAUUUUGGAUUCUGGCUAUUUGUUAGUCACUAGCAGACUAUGGGUUUAAUUAACAUCCAUAGCAGUCACUCCUAAGUCAUUUCUCCCUGACGUAAGUACUGUAUGUUCCCAACAGCCUUCUAGACUCCCAUUUUCUGGAUGUGUCUCUGACACCUCAAGUAACUCGCCAAACCUCCCCUCCCUGAAAGAACAAAAUGAGUUAUUCCUUCCCCAUCAGAUGGUACUAUUCCUGUUCUUUCUUUUCAGUCAAACAGAAUGAGCAAAUAGCUCACUUUUAGUAGCAUCAAACAGUGUUUUCUAAAAAUUAUUUGUCAUAACUGACCCUUUCCUUCCUUAGUACCCGCUCCACUCCUCUUCGUGCAAACCUUCUUCUGGAGUCUUGCUGUGUGCCGUCUUUUCAGUGUAAGCUUUUUUGGAAGUGAUCAGACGUUUUAUAUUUUCAUCUCACCUUGCUGAGAUGGGUGCUAAUCAGUAAAUAAAUGAUUUGAUAACAUGUCAGAUAGUUUACAGUGCAAUGUGCUACUCUUUACGUGUUUAUAGUAUUAUACCAUUUGUUCCUACUACAAAUUGUCAAGGAGGUGGAAUACCCCUCUGUAAAAAGAUGAACAAAAUGAGGGUCAAAUGUUAAAAGCCUUCCCAAAGAUCACAAUUUCUAAACAAUAGAUCUAAACAAUGGUGACAUGAAAAAAGGGCUACAGAAUGGUCCAGUAACAACCUAUCUCGGCAUUUACCACAUAAACUUUUCAGUCUUUAGGAAAGCCUUCUCUAAAUCCUGUCUCCUCGAAGCUCCACAUAGCAUCAAUUUUCUCAUUUGUCAUCUGAAAAUACUGCUGUUCAUUCCAUAGAUUAUUGGAAAUGAUCUACAUACUGUCCAAGUAGGGUGACCACCAGUCACACGUGGCUAUUUAAUUAAAAUUAAAUAAAAUGUAAAAUUCAGUUCCUCUGCUACACUAUACAUUUCAAGAGACUAGUAGCUACCAUAUUGGACAGAGCAUGUAUUUUCUUCUUUACAGCAAGUGCUAUUGGACGGUGCUGUGCUACAGCUAGGAACUGCCAAAGAUCAGAGAAAGCAAUAUGAGAACUGAAAACCCAGGCCAGUACUUGGUUGGUUUUGAGUGAGGGUCACUGGGUGAGUGGGAAGCGAGCUGACCUUUGGAACGGUGAUGUCACAAAGCACAGCUCACAGUGGCUCUAGAACACCUGGCCUCCCAGGGCACUUCCCCUAACUCCCUCCCAUCGAGGGUCCUGAAGCCUCUGCACAUGUAGCUCCUGGAGCAGCUAUCUUAUUACAAUGUCAACACCUCCACCUUCAUCUUCCAUCUGGGACAAAAUAGAUUAUGCCUCUCUGACCUCAGCAUGGAACUGGCUGCAAGCAACUUUUCUGGGAGAGGCUGGUGUGCCUCAGGAAACAAAUUUGGGGCAGCUAAGUUAUUUGGCUCCAACUGUGCAAGUUAUCCUGAAGAUCUCAUUUGUUAUUUUGUUGGGAAUAGGACUGUAUAUCAUAUGGAAACGAAGUGUUCGGUCAUUUCAGAAAAUGUUGUUGUUUGUAAUCACCCUCUACAAACUUUACAAGAAGGGCUCAGAUUUUUUUCAAGCUCUGCUGGUCAACCCAGAAGGGGCUAGUCUCCCAGCUCAAGACAAUAAUAAUUUCUCCCUGUCCCUGGGGCUGCAAGAGAAAAUUCUGAAGAAACUUCAGGUGGUGGAAAGCAAAGUGAAGAACCUGGAGGGGAUGAUCAUUUCCCAAAAGCCCGCCACGAAGAGGGACUGCUCCUCCGAGCCCUACUGCAGCUGCUCCGACUGCCAGAGCCCCUUGCCCACAUCAGGGUUUACGUCCACGUCUGAAAUGUGAUGGACUCCCAUCUUUCUCCAGAAAAGCACUGUUUCCCUUGCAUGUACAGUGGCAUGUCAAUAAAGACGGAGAACUAAACUGAAAUCACCCUGCAAGGACUGGCUCUCUCUUCAGUACAGCCCAACUUCUACUCAGGUGUUGGGGGGGUAAUACUGGGUAUGGUGGUGGUUAAAACUGUUGCUGAGAUUGUGGUGCCUGCUCUGCAGGCUAGAGACCAUGAGCGGUCAUAUAGAAGAGGUCAGACAAACGAAUCCAUGGGACUGGGAAGGUCGGGGAUAUGGCCUUGGGCUCCACGCUGAAGAAUUUGGCUUGUAUAUAAUCAAAACAGCAAGACGGUGCUGCUGAGGGGCGAUGCUGUGGAUUGUCCUGUAAAGGUCGGCUGACCCUUGUGCUGGUCUUGGGCCUAAAGGUAACUGUUUGGCCCAGGAGUUUCACUGCAUUAAUUACUCAGAAGUGGGCAAGGGUGGGAGUGGACAAAAAAGAAUCUGCUUAAUUUUAUCUAACUUUUACUGAAAUUUCCUCUGUGCUAAACAUUGUGAUUGUCCUCGGGAAUCUGUCCUGAGUGCUUCAGGCCCACUCGGUUUGGCUGGCUGAACAGGUAAUUUCAGAACAAGGAAUUAUAAUACAGUACGGUGUUAACAUCUUGAAUUUAGGGGAAUUCAUAUGUGAAUCCAAAUUGACAGGGAGGCACCUACCUGCCAUUACACCCAAUUUGAGUGUGUACCCUGACCAGAAAGAUGGCCCACUGAGGAACGUAGUAGGUGGUCCUCUCAGUGAGUCUCCUGUCCCACAAGCCUUAGGUGUGUGUGCAUUCUCGCCACAAUAAAUGUGAUUAUACUCAUUGAAACACUGUACUUGACAUCUAAAUGAAACGUUUCAUGUGGUAUACAAACAAACAGUGAUUUAUUGUUGUGCUGGACUAAAACUAGCUAUGCUAUUCAACAGGAGACAAGACGGCAGUUUUCCACGUGGCAUCUUCGUAAGGGAUUUCUGAGGGUAAUUUUGAUCGUUUUUGUCCAGUGCACUGGUGUUCAAAUGCCACCCUUGUGUAAAAUGAGACUUCAUUGUACAGUGUACUCAGUGCAAAGAACAGGUCAACGCGUCAGUGAAUACAGGGUGUGCCUAGGAAAGGCUUUAAAGAGGGCACAUGGAGUUACCCCACCAAGGCUUACAUAAGAAGGUAUCUAGCAGGAAGGUGUUCCG